AUGAAUCAACAUGCUUCUCAAAUUCUGAGUAAACCACCGAAUUCUAGUUGCCCAAGGAUAGCAAGCGAUAUGUUUAUGUCUAGUUCCAGUAGCUCAUCUUCGUCUACAUCUUCCUCCUCGAUUUUGAACGAGGCCAACCAUUCUGCUAAUGGUUUACCAAUUCUCGAAAAAAUUUCUAUUGUUCUUGGUUCUCCAAGACGACCAGUUGGCGAAAAUUCAAUAAUUCGCGCAAAUAACACUGAUUCACCUUUAAAAAAUGAAGAUGCAAGACUUCCAAAGUUGGUUCUAGAGAAUCAUAUCCAUUCAUCAAAUAGUAAAGAAAACUCCCCAGAGAAGGUUGAUGAACCCCUCAAAGCUGACUCGUCUGUUAAAAAUGAAGAUACUAAGUCGAAUGUAUUGAAUGAAAAGUCUAAAGUGGCAACAAAACGAAAAACAUCAGCUCGAUCAAGACGUCGACCUAAAUCACGAAAAAUUCGAGGAGAUUCUGAUUCCGAUUUCGAGCCAUUUUCCCAGUCUCAAGCAGGUGGAUCUCGUGGUAGAGCCGAUGCCAGAGCUCUUAUUCGUCGGGUUCAACAAAAAGUCAACAAUAAAAAAUCUGUUGCUGGUGUUACAUCUGACACUCCUGGUGGGACCAGUGCAGAUAUUGCAAUGCGCAGAAAGUAUUUAGAAUCACCCUUUUUAUGUCUUUGCCAAGCUGGAGGAACAGUUUCUAGUCUUAUGAAAACUUCGGACAACUUCACUAAAUACAAUUGCAUUCCUUCUGGAUCUAAAAUAGUCUCUAAUAAUUCAACAACUAAUAAUGAGUUGAUUGAUAUGAAUUCAUCUUUUUCUGCCCAUAUAAUUAACCCAGCUUUACGUGACUUGUCUGUUCAACAAGUUAAUGGAUACUUCUCUCAUUGUACCAUGCCUGUUAGUUGUCCAUUCAAAGCUAAUCUAACUGGAAGCGCAUCAAUUAAACUUGAUAAAAAUGACGUUGGCAUGGAAUCUCGUAGUAUUCUUACAGGUAUUACAUAUAGACCUUCAGGACCUCUCCGGGUACGUGACUAUCAGUUUCCAACCUCAGUAAAUCCUAAUAGCCUUUGGAUAUGUGCCUUCUGUGGUGAAGAUAACAAUUAUACUGAAAUUGGUUGUUUAUAUGGUCCCUAUUGGCUUACAGAAGCAGAUAUGAAGCAAUUACCUUCAGAGCUCAUCUAUGAUUCCACUAAUGAAUACCAGUCUCCUGAUACAGUGACUCAGUCUAAUACACCCAUGACUCCUGUAUCCAGACGUGCAAGAAGUAUAGAAAAGGCAAUUCGUUCUGGUGUAAUUACUUCGACUACUACACGAUCGUCAGCAGCCCAAGGACGUCCUACAGCUGCUAAUACUGGUUUUCUUCGCCUAGUUAUCAAAGCUUCAAAUAGUACGAUAAAUAAUGAUCACUCCGCGACAAAAAAUUCACCCGAUCUAUCUAAGAUAACAAACUCUUGCAGGCCUAGAGUAGGAUCGAACGGUGAAGUCUGGUUUCAUUUUGAAUGUGUACUUUGGGCUCCUGGCACUUACGUGAAUGGAAAUGGUGUUAUUGGCGGUCUUGGUGAUGCAUUACAAUUAGCCCUUAAUGCACAUUGUUCACAUUGUCAAAGACCUGGAGCAAUUCUAAGUUGUUGUAAUCGAGGAUGCAAUUUGAGUUAUCAUUAUCAAUGCGCACAUAGAGCUGAAUGUCAUUUGGAUCGAGAUCAAUAUAUUUUGCUGUGCAAAAAGCAUCAUAUCUAUUCAUAG